AUGCAGACCAACGGAGAAAAAGAACAGCCUGAGACCACUGUUGAAAGGAUUGCAAAUGUGAAGAGUUUCAAGAGGGGGUCAGAUCUUAACCCAAAUCAGACAACGCAUACUGGACAAAAGCCAUAUCAGUGUACUACACGUGGGAAGGAUUUCAAAUGCAGCGGAAACCUCACUGGCCAUCAGAGAACACAUACUGGACAAAAUCCAUAUCAGUGUUCGGAUUGUGGUAAGACUUUUACUAGGGUGGGUGAUCUCAAGAUACACCAGAGGAUGCAUACUGGAGAAAAUCUAUACCGGUGUUCAGAGUGUGGAAAGCCUUUUACUCACGUAGGUCAAUUCAAGAUACAUCUGAUGAUCCAUACUGGGGAAAAGCCAUAUCAGUGUGCUACAUGUGGGAAGGGUUUCAAAACCAACCGAGAGCUCACUGUCCAUCAGAGAACACAUACUGGAGAAAAGCCAUAUCUGUGUACAGAGUGUGGAAAGCGUUUUACUGAUGCGGGUAGUCUCAAGAAACACCGGAUGAUACAUACUGGGGAAAAGCCAUAUCGGUGCUCAGACUGUGGAAAGACUUUCAGAACGUUGGUUCAGCUCAAGAUACACCAGAGGACGCAUACUGGGGAAAAGUGUUAUCACUGUUCAGACUGUGGAAAGACUUUCGCUCAUUUGUCUACUCUCAAGUUACACCAGAAAAUCCAUAGUGGAGAAAAGUGUUAUCACUGUUUAAAUUGUGGAAAGGCUUUUGCUCGUUUGUCUAAUCUCAAACACCACCAGAAAGUCCAUACUGGGGAAAAGCCAUAUCCGUGUGCUACAUGUGCGAAGAUUUUCAAAACCAACAGAGCGCUUACUGUCCAUCAGAGAACACAUACUGGAGAAAAACCAUAUCGGUGUACACAUUGUGAUAAGACUUUUAGUCACGGGGAGCUCACUGUCCAUCAGAGAAUACAUACUGGAGAAAAACCAUAUCGGUGUUCAGAGUGUGGAAAGACUUUUACUCAGUCAAAGCUCACUGUCCAUCAGAUAAUACAUACUGGAGAAAAACCAUAUCGGUGUUCAGAGUGUGGAAAGACUUUCAGAUCAAGCUCAGAGCUCACUGUCCAUCAGAGAAGACAUACUGGAGAGAAGCCAUAUCGGUGUUCAGAUUGUGGUAAGACUUUUAAUCAGGCAUCUCAUCUCACCUCAAGACACACCAGAUGA